GCAGAGGAACGCUGAGGCUCCCGCUGGAUGAGACCUGGGCUGUCCGUGCAGCCAGAAAAUCCAGAGUUUCGCACUGAGGGGGUCCAUGGCCCAGGUAAUAAAUCCUGAUCCUCAAACUAAUUAGAGAGCUCUGCGAAGGAAUGAAGCAUGAAGCUCUACAUACAGUAUUUACUCAAUAAACAUUUACCCAAAGCUGAGAAGGAAUUCCAUGAAGACACCAUUAACCAAGAUAAUAGUGUUUGAUUUCACAGAGUAAAUUCUCUUUGAGAAGAAAUUUAUGGAUAUCCAAAAAUGAUUGAGAUUGAACAGGCAGAGGCUCAGCUCUCUGAGUUAGACCUGCUAGCCAGUAUGUUCCCUGGUGAGAACGAGCUCGUAGUGAAUGACCAGCUGGCGUUAGCGGAACUGAAAGAUUGUAUUGAAAAGAGGACGAUGGAGGGACGAUCUUCGAAAGUUUACUUUACUAUCAAUGUGAAACUGGAUGUAUCUGAGGAAACAACGGUGAUGUUUUCUCUGGCCUGUAUUCUUCCCUUUCAAUACCCCGAAGUUCUGCCUGAAAUUACUGUCAGAUCAGUAUCAUUAAGUAGGUCCCAGCAGACUCAGCUGAACACAGAUCUGACUGCAUACCUGCAAAAGAAUUGUCUUGGAGACGUCUGUAUAUUGAAUGCCACAGAGUGGGUUAGAGAACAUGCUUCUGGCUAUAUGAGCAGAGACCCCAUGCCUUCCCCUGCUCCAGGAAGUACAUUCCAACCAGUUGAUCUCAUUCUCACAAGACUGUGGAUCUAUAGCCAUCACAUCUACAACAAGUGUAAAAGAAAGAAUAUUCUAGAGUGGGCAAAGGAGCUUUCACUAUCUGGAUUUAGCAUGCCUGGGAAACCUGGUGUUGUUUGUGUGGAAGGUCCACAAAGUGCCUGUGAAGAAUUCUGGUCAAGACUCAGAAAAUUAAACUGGAAGAGAAUUUUAAUUCGCCAUCGAGAAGACAUUCCUUUUGAUGGUACAAAUGACAAAAUAGAAAGACAAAGAAAAUUUUCAAGUUUUGAAGAAAAAGUGUUCGGUGUUAAUGGAGCCAGAGGAAACCACAUGGACUUUGGUCAGCUGUAUCAGUUUUUAAACGCCAAAGAAUGUGCGGAUGUUUUCCAGAUGUUCUUUGGUGUGGAAGGACAGUGACUGGCAGAGGAAUAAUGAAAGUUUUUGUCACUGUUGGCCUUUUGAUUUUUCCCCCAGUCUUUCUUGAAAGAUGAAGUAAUUUGGGGCAUCCAGGUGGCUCAGUCAUUAAGCAUCUGACGUUGAUUCAGGCCAUGA